AUGUCUCGAUACAUAUCUUCCUGUCCAUAUCUAUCUAUCUAUCUAUCUAUCUUUAUAGCUACUACUGCAAAUACCAGCACCUGGCAUUUCCGUUUUCCCGCACUUUCAAUUUCAAUCAUCAAUAUUCUCCACUUCCCGCUCUUCAAGAAUACAGCACCUGGCAUUUCCGUUUUCCCGCACUUUCAACCACAUCAUCAUUUCCGUUUUCUCCUUCCGUUUUCCGCUUACUCAUCAAAUACAGCACCUGGCAUUUCCGUUUUCCCCUACUUUCAAGCUUACAUCAUCAAGUAUUCUCUACUUCCCGCUUUUCCAAGAAUACAGCACCUGGCAUUUCCGUUUUCCCGCACUUUCAAGCUUACAUCAUCAAGUAUUCUCCACUUCCCGCUUUUCCAAGAAUACAGCACCUGGCAUUUCCGUUUUCCCGCACCACAAGCUUCCAUCAUCAAGUAUUCUCCACUUCCCGCUCUUCCAAGAAUACAGCACCUGGCAUUUCCGUUUUCCCUUUCAAGCUUACAUCAUCAAGUAUUCUCCACUUCCCGCUCUUCCAAGAAUACAGCACCUGGCAUUUCCGUUUUCCCGCACUUUCAAAUUCCAUCAUCAAGUAUUCUCCUUCCCGCUCUUCCAAGAAUACAGCACCUGGCAUUUCCGUUUUCCCGCACUUUCAAGCUUCCAUCAUCAAGUAUUCUCCACUUCCCGCUUUUCAAGAAUACAGCACCUGGCAUUUCCUAUUCUCAUCAUCGAUCAACUUCCGUUUUCCCAAAUACAGCACCUGGCAUUUCCCCAUUUUACACCACUUUCAAGCAUUUCCAUCAAGCAUUCUCCACUUCCCGCUCUUCCAUUAUACAGCAACUGGCAUUUCCGUUUUUCCCCUUCAAGCUUACCAUGGUAUUCUCCACUUCCCGCUCCCAAGAAUACAACCUGGCAUUUCCGUUUUCCCCAUUUGGAGUCAUUAUCAAUUAUUCUCCACCUCCAUUCUCCAAAAUACAGCACCUGGCAUUCCGUUUUCCCCGUCACCCAUCUAUCAUACUGAAUUCUCUCACUUCCCGCUCUUCCUCAGAUAUCGCACCUGGCAAUCCAUAUCCCGCUCUCCCAAGAAUACAGCACCUGGCAUUUUCCCAAGCCUGGCAUUUCCCCACCACCCGCAUAUACAUCAUCAAGUAUUCUCACCUGGCUCUUCCAAGAAUACCAGCACCUGGCAUUUAUGUUUUCCAUUACAUCAUCAAUAUUCUUCCCAUUCCCGCUCUUUCCAAGAAUUAUCCAGCACCUGGCAUUUCCAAACGACCCUGCACCUUCAUUUCUUACAUCAUCAAGCAUCUAUGUACUUCCAGGCUCUUCCAAGAAUACACCUCCUGGCAUCAAUACAGCACCUGGCAUUUCCGUUUUCCCGAUUCACUUUCAUCAUUAUCCAUUCACUUCCCGCAUUCCAAACUUCAGCACCUGGCAUUUCUUCAACCCAUCUCAAUACCACUUCCCGAACACCUGGCAUUUCCGUUUUCCCACCUCAGAUUUCAAAUCGGCUGCCAUUAUCAAUUUGGAUUCUCUACUUCCCACCCUUCCAAGAAUACAGCACCUGGCAUUUCCUUUUCCCGUCACCCAUCAAUUACAUCAUCAAGUUUCUCCACUUCCCUCUCUUCAGAAUAUCGCACCUGGCAUUUCCGUUUUCCCGAUUUCAAGCUUACAUCAUCCAAGUAUUCUCCACCACCCGCUUCCAAGAAUACAGCACCUGGCAUUUCCGUUUUCCCGUACUUUCACAGCUUACAUCCUCAAGCAUCAUCAAGUAUUCUCCACUUCCCGCUCUUCCAAGAAUACAGCACCUGGCAUUUCCGUUUUCCCGCACUUUCAAGCUUACAUCAUCAAGUAUUCUCCUAUGUACUUCCCGCUCUUCCAAAGAAUACAGCACCUGGCAUUUCCGUUUCCCGCACUUUCAAGCAUUCAUCAAGUAUUCUCCACUUCCCGCUCUUCCAAGAAUACAGCACCUGGCAUUUCCGUUUUCCCGCACUUUCAAUCUUACAUCAUCAAGUAUUCUCUUAUCUUCCCGCUCUUCCAAGAAUACAGCCCCUGGCAUUUCCCUUUUCCCGUACUUUCAAGCUUACAUCAUCAAGUAUUCUCCACUUCCCGCUCUUCCAAGAAUACAGCACCUGGCAUUUACGUUUUCCCGCACUUUCAAGCUUACAUCAUCAAGUAUUCUCCACUUCCCGCUCUUCCAAGAAUACAGCACCUGGCAUUUCCGUUUUCCCCGGACUUUCAAGCUUACAUCAUCAAGUAUUCUCCAUGUUCCCGCUCUUCCAAGAAUACAGCACCUGGCAUUUCCGUUUUCCCCGCACCCAUCAAGCUUACAUCAUCAAGUAUUCUCCACCCCUCCUCUCUUCCAAGAAUACAGCACCUGGCAUUUCCGUUUUCCCGCACUUUCAAGCUUACAUCAUCAAGUAUUCUCCUUCCCGCUCUUCCCAAGAAUACAGCACCUGGCAUUUCCGUUUUCCCGCACUUUCAAGCUUACAUCAUCAAGUAUUCUCCACUUCCCGCUCUUCCAAGAAUACAGCACCUGGCAUUUCCCGUUUUCCCGCAUUUUCAAGUUUCUCCACUUCAUCUCUUCCAAUUAUACAGCACCUAAUUUUCCCGCUUUUCCAAGAAUCUCAGCUCCACCUCUUCCAAUACAUUUCCGUUUUCCCGCACUUUCAAGCUUACAUCAUCAAGUAUUCUCCACUUCCGCUCUUCCAAGAAUACAGCACUGGCAUUUCCGUUUUCCCCGCACUUUCAAGCUUACAUCAUCAAGUAUUCUCCACUUCCCGCUCUUCCAAGAAUACAGCACCUGGCAUUUCCGUUUUCCCAUCACUUUCAAGUUACAUCAUCAAGUAUUCUCCACUUCCCGCUCUUCCAAGAAUACAGCACCUGGCAUUUCCGUUUUCCCCGUUUUCAAGCUUACAUCAUCAAGUAUUCUCCACUUCCCGCUCUUCCAAGAAUACAGCACCUGGCAUUUACGUUUUCCCGCACUUUCAAGCUUACAUCAUCAAGUAUUUUCCACUUCCCGCUCUUCCAAGAAUACAGCACCUGGCAUUUCCCUUUUCCCGUACUUUCAAGCUUACAUCAUCAAGUAUUCUCUACUUCCCGCUCUUCCAAGAAUACAGCACCUGGCAUUUCCCUUUUCCCGUACUUUCAAGCUUACAUCAUCAAGUAUUCUCCACUUCCCGCUCUUCCAAGAAUACAGCACCUGGCAUUUCCGUUUUCCCGUAUUUCAAGCUUACAUCAUCAAGUAUUCUCCACUUCCCGCUCUUCAGAAUACAGCACCUGGCAUUUCCGUUUUCCCGUACUUUCAAUGCUUACAUCAUCAAGUAUUCUCCACUUCCCGCUCUUCCAACCAGCACCUGGCAUUUCCGUUUUCCCCCAUUUCAAGCUUACAUCAUCAAGUAUUCUCCACUUCCCAACUCUUCAAGAAUACAGCACCUGGCAUUUUACGUUUUUCCCCACUUUCAUUACAUCAUCAAGUUUCCCCCCUCUUCCAAGAAUACAGCACCUGGCAUUUCCGUUUUCCCCAUCUCAAGCUUACAUCAUCAAGUAUUUUCCACUUCCCGCUCUUCCAAGAAUACAGCACCUGGCAUUUCCGUUUUCCCGCACUUUCAAUUUACAUCAUCAAGUAUUCUCCACUUCCCGCUCUUCAAGAAUACAGCACCUGGCAUUUCCGUUUUUGACGUACUUUCAAGCUUACCUCAUCAAGUAUUCUCCACUUCCCGCUCUUCCAAGAAUACAGCACCUGGCAUUUCCGUUUUCCCGUAUUUCAAGCUUACAUCAUCAAGUAUUCUCACUUCCCGCUCUUCCAAGAAUACAGCACCUGGCAUUUCCGUUUUCCCGUACUUUCAAGCUUACAUCAUCAAGUAUUCUCCACUUCCACUUCCAAGAAUACAGCACCUGGCAUUUCCGUUUUCCCGUAUUUCAGCUCAUUUUCCAUUUUCCACUUCCCGCUCUUCCAAGAAUACAGCACCUGGCAUUUCCCAAGUUUUCCCGUACUUCAAGUAUCAUCCACUUAUCCCUCUCUUCCAAAAUACAGCACCUGGCAUUUUCCUUUCCCGUCCCCAAGCUUACAUCAUCAAUUUCUCCACUUCCCGCUCUUCCAAGAAUACAGCACCUGGCAUUUCCCUUUUCCCCCGUUUUUCAAUCUUACAUCAUCAAGUUUCUCCACUUCCCGCUCUUCCAAGAAUACAGCACCUGGCAUUUCCGUUUUCCCGCCUGAUUUCAAGCUUACAUCAUCAAGUAUUCUCCACUUCCUCUUUAAAGAAUACAGCACCUGGCAUUUCCAAUACAGCACCUGGCAUUUCCGUUUUCCCGCCUUUCAAAUUAACAUCAUCAAGUAUUCUCCACUUCCCGCUCUUCCAAGAAUACAGCACCUGGCAUUUCCCUUUUCCCGUAUUUCAAGUACAUCAUCAAGUAUUCUCCACUUCCCGCUCUUCCAAGAAUACAGCACCUGGCAUUUUCCGUUUUUUCCUUGUUCAAGCUUAUCAUCAAGUAAUUCUCUACUUCCCACCGUCUUCCAAAAAUACAGCACCUGGCAUUUCCGUUUUCCCCUUCUCUAAUUACAUCAUCAAGUAUUCUCACCCGCUCUUCCAAGAAUACAGCACCUGGCAUUUCCGUUUCCCGUACUUUCAAUUACAUCAUCAAGUUCUCCACUUCCCGCUCUUCCAACCAGCACCUGGCAUUUCCGUUUCCCGUCUUUCAAUUAUCACAUCAUGUUGCUUUCUCCAUUCCCUCUCUUCCAAAAUACAGCACCUGGCAUUUCCCUUUUUCUCUCUUUCAAGAUUUUCAAGUCCACUGGUUAUCUCUUUGUAUACAGAACCUCUUCAAGAAUACAGCAUUGUUUUCCCCACUUUCAACCACAUCAUCAUUUUCUCCGUUUUCCCCUCUUCCAAGAAUACAGCACCUGGCAUUUCCCUUUUCCCGUUCUUUCAUCUUACAUCAUCAAGUCUCCUUUUCCAAGAAUACAGCACCUGGCAUUUUCCGUUUUCCCCUUCUUCAAAUUUCAAUCAUAAUGUUUCUCCACUUCUUCAAGAAUACAGCACCUGGCAUUUCCCUUUAUUUUUCUUGUUUCUUUUCUCUACUCUCUCUUUCUUUCCUCCAUUCUUUUUAUUUUCUUUUUUUUUUUCGUUCCUUUUUCUUUCUUAUUUCUUUCUUGUUCUCUCUUCCUUUCUUUCUUUACUUCUUUAUUUUUAUUUUCUUUCUUUCAUUCGUUUUCCUUCUUAUUUCUCCUUUUCUCGCUUCAUUUUUUCCUUCUUUCUUUUUCUUUUCUUUCUUUCGUUCUACCGCACAAAUUUCUUUCCUUCUAUCUCUCUCUCUCUCUAUCUAUCUAUCUAUCCAUCUAUCUAUCUAUCUAUCUAUCUAUCUAUCUAUCUAUCUAUCUAUCUAUCUAUACACAUCUAUCUAUCUUAUCUAUCUAUGUCUAUACACAUCUAUCUAUCUAUCUAUCUAUCUAUCUAUCUAUCUAUCUAUCUAUCUAUCAAUUGUUUAUUCAUUUUCAUUCUUUUUUUUAUCUAUCUAUCUAUCUAUCUAUCUCAGUUUAUUCAUUUUCUUUCUUUUUUUUUUUUAAAAAAAAAUAUCUAUCUAUCUAUCUAUCUAUCUAUCUAUCUAUCUAUCUAUCUUGGUAUCUAUGUUUAUUCAUUUUUUUCAUUUCUAUCUCCUUCUUAUUCAUUUUUUCCUUUUUCUAACUCCUUUUUAACUGACCUACCUAACUACCUACCUACCUAUCUAUCUAUCUAUCUAUCUAUCUAUCUAUCUAUCUAUCUAUCAGUCUCAGUCUAUUCAUUUUCUUUCUUUUUGUCAUUCUUUCUUUCUUUCUAUACGCACAUAUGUAUAUACAUUUAUAUACAUGCGCACAUACACACACGCACAUAUAAAUAUUUUUCAUGGUUCUCUUUCUUUUUCCUUGUAUUCACCUGUGCCACUGAUCAAUGGACAUAUCUUCUUUCUUUCUCUAUUAUUUGGCUGUUUGUUUCUAUAUAUUUUUCAUUAUUUCUUAUUCAAGCUUUCUUUUUCGCCCACCAAAAUACUUCCGCCUUCAUGCAUAAAAAUAAGCUCUUCUCCGCCAUAUUCCCUUCGAACUUUAGCACAUUGAUUGCAAUUAGUCCCGGACGCUGA